CACGAAUAGUUCUUUGAAACUUUUGUUUUCUCGUCUCAAAAACUGCAGACACUAUAGCACGAGGAAUCUUCACAGUCUCCUCCCCCCCUACCAAACGUAAAGUACGUAUGUAUACACGUUUACCCCACAUGUAAUGUAAAAAAAUAUGUGGUUGUGUCAGUGGAGGAAGAGUAUAGUCGGUCGUCAUAGUUACCGCUUACAAACGCAAGGCAGCAGCGAUUGUACACUUGUCAAAUGUACCGUAAAGUCAGAGUUAAGUUGCUUGCAACGCAAGAGUCAUUCACUCGAUACUUGAACUUGCAUCGUUUAACAUCGCGUGACCGAUAAACGAAAUGGAUUGGACUACCGAUCUCGAGAUCACUUCGAAGAAGCUGCUACCUCGCCUGGGUAGACGCGCGGGUCAGAGUAACUUGACGGAGGAGAACAAGUCCGACGAUGAUCCUCUGGAGAGCCCUAUCUCUUUAUCAUCUGGAAAGUCAGUAUCUAUGCAAAGACCGGUAGCUCCACCUCGAUUGAGGAAAACCGGCUGGGGCGACGAAUUGAAAAGCGGCAAAUCAAGGGCGGCGCCAAGCUUCAUCGAACAGGAGCGUUUUCGAGCGGUCGAAAAGGAGCAGCAAGAAGACGAUAUUCCAGUUAUACCCGACUUGGACGAGAUUCAGGAAGACAAUAUCUCGUCUGAGAUUGCAAGCGCUCCUAUAGUCAACGCAAACAGGGUGACUGCGUACGCAGAAUUGGACACUGAUUUGGUAAAAGAUGCUGCAUACACAUCGUUGGACGGCGUCAGCCUUUCUCUCCUCGCGGACAAGCUGUACAAUGAAAAUUUAGUGAAGGAACCGGACGAGGUUUGGAACUGGAAUCUCCUUUUCACGCAAAUUUCUUCGGAGAUCAAUAGCGAGACGCAGAAAAAGAUCGAGGCCUAAAGACGCGUUAGAUCGCGAGAAUCAAGAAUAUUUUUCAGAGAGCACCCUUACUCAAGUUUUGAGUAUUCUUUUCCGUAAGGGCACUUUUGUACCUUGAAAUAAAAAUAACAAUUUCGCGCAC